CCACACGCAGAGAGAAGAGGGGGAUGGUUCUUGUCCGUCUUGGGAUUUAGGUCCGGCCGGGGCUUGGAUCUGGCGCUGGAGCAGUGGCGACGCGCAGCUCCGGAGGCGCCGCCGCAAUUCUUCGCUUCCCCGAUCCUUUUCUUGCGCUUUUCCCUUGCUUCUUUCCCCCAUUUCCCCCACAGAUUGAUCGAUUUCCGGGCUUGAUGCGUCGCCGCCAUCGGCCGGAUGCAUUCCAAAUCUCGGCGGAUUAAUUCUUUCUCCUACCAUUGCGCUCUAGCUCACGCUCCCUAACUGCCCCAUAGAACAUGCUCCGCAAGCGCAGGUAUUUGCUCCUCCUCGCUAGCAAUCCAGCAUGAAGCGUGCCCGAGAGGAGAGCAACAUGGGGCCGCAGCUCAAGCGCCCAUCAGGAGGAGGAGAACCCUCGGAUCAACAUCCUCGUUUAACACCAGACGAUGCGUUGCAAUACCUCAAAGCGGUGAAGGAAAGAUUCAAAGACGAUAACGAUAAGUACUCCGAGUUUUUAGAAGUUAUGAAGGACUUCAAAGCUCAGAGGAUCGAUACUAACGGGGUCAUUGGGAAAGUGAAAGAGCUUUUCAAGGGCCACAACAAACUGAUUAUUGGCUUCAAUGCAUUCUUGCCGAGAGGCUAUGAAAUCGUUCUCGAUGAAUCGCCAAGGGAAGCUCCUAAAAAACAGCCUGUGGAGUUCAACCAGGCUAUCAAUUUUGUCAACAAAAUCAAGAAUCGUUUCCAAGACAACGAACAAGUGUACAAAGCGUUUUUAGAGAUUCUUAACAAAUUUCGAAAGGGAUCUAAAUCUAUCACUGAGGUUUAUCAAGAGGUUGCUUCCUUGUUUGGCCAUCACCCUGAUCUGCUUGACGAAUUCACCUGCUUUCUUCCGGAAUCUGCAAACUCGAGUUUAAAGUCGAGCUCACAUCUUCGUAAAGAUGAGAAAUCUGGAGCAUCGGCGAAACCUUCUCAAUCUGAAAGGAUGUUUAAGAAAGAGAAGCUGCUGGAUCGCGAUCAAGAUCGUGCAGCAAGAUCGGAUAAAGAACGCAGGAAAGCCGAAAAGGAGCGGGACAAGGAAAAGGAGAGAGAAGAAUAUGAUCGAGAGGCGGACAUGGACGGAGCCCGUCACAAGCGCAAAUCAGCACGUCGGGCAGACGAACUUAUCCGCAAACAGUCUCAAAAUGGAGAAGGUGGGGAUGGAUUGUUCUGGCCUACUGCUUCUACUUUCAUGGAGGACAUCAUAAGUGCAAGCUUGCAAAGAGAUUACGCUUUCUUUGAGAAGGUGAAAGGAAAACUCCGUAAUCGCGACUCGUACCAAGGAUUGCUCAAGGUUCUCAACCUUUAUAACGAGCACAUUAUCAGCCGAGCGGAAUUGCAGUCACUGGUUUCGGACAUUUUGGGCAAGUAUCCGGAGCUACUGGACGGCUUCAACGAACUGGUUAUUCGAUGCGCAAAUGCCGAAAUGGACUCUGAUGGCCAAUUGAAGGCUAGCAAACCCGAAAGAGACAAAGACAGGGAUCAUGAUAGAGGAAAGGAGCGGGAGAAAGACAAAGACAAGGAAAGGGAAAAGGAGAAGGAUAGGGAUAGAGACAGGGACAGGGAGAGAGACCGAGACCGUGAAAAGGAACGAGCCAAAGAUCACAAGUCGUCCCUACAUGCCAACAAGGAGAAAUACAUGACCAAGCCUAUAUCGGAACUCGAUCUAUCAAGCUGUGAGCGGUGCACUCCGAGCUAUCGUUUACUCCCAAAGAAUUAUCCUCGUCUCUUGUCAAGUCACCGUACUGAGCUGGCGAAAUCUGUUCUCAAUGAUAGCUGGGUCUCUGUUACAUCUGGCAGCGAGGAUUAUUCUUUCAAACAUAUGCGAAGAAACCAGUAUGAAGAAAGCUUAUUUCGCUGUGAGGAUGACAGGUUUGAGCUGGAUAUGUUGCUGGAAUCAACGGUAGCCACGGCAAAGCAUGUUGAAGAGAUUGUUGAAAAGCUUCAGGAUGCCAGCAUGGAAUCUCAAACUCGCAUCGAUGAUCACUUGUCUGUUAUCGAUCUUCGUUGUAUUGAAAGGAUUUAUGGUGACCAUGGCCUCGAUAUCAUUGAUUUGAUGCGUAAAAGUCCAUCCGUUGUGCUGCCUGUCGUUCACAGCCGACUAAAGCAAAAGCAGGAGGAAUGGUCUAAGUGCCGCUCUGAUAUGAACAAAGUCUGGGCCGAAGUUUAUUCCAAAAACUAUCAUAAAUCCCUUGACCACCGGAGCUUUUACUUUAAGCAACAGGAUCGAAAGAGCUUAAGCGCAAAAGCGCUUUUUGGCGAGAUCAAAGAUGUUCAUGCGCGGAAGAGGAAGGAAGACGACUCUAUUAUUGCGACACUAACGGGAAACCGAAGGCUCUUAACCCCGCACUUGAAGUUUGAAUACUCCGAUCCAUCCAUUCACAACGAUCUCUUUGAGAUUAUGAAAUACUCGGCUGACGAGGUAUGCAGCUCGAUGGAACAAUCCAACAAGAUCAUGCGUGUUUGGACAAGUUUCCUGGAAUCCAUGUUUGGCGUGCCGUCAAGGAUCCGUGGUACAGAAGAUGCAGAAGAAGCUGCCCUCCAACCUUCGAAGGAACGGAGAUCCAGUUCCGGCGAUAGUACUGGUAGUGGCAACCCGGACACUGCCCCCAGUCAGGCACUGAAAGCUGAUGAAUUUACCAGCGCAUCCAGCAGAGCUGUCCACGGUGAAAAGAAGCGGGGAAUUCUGGACGUCACAGAGAGUAACACUAAGGCCGACCACCACCUUGGCUUUUCGAAGACCGGCUUUUCCAAGAAGGAUGCUUCGAUAGACGGGCCCGAAACUCAUACCACGCAAAGACUAGAUGGUCCAGAGUCCAGGAAGGAUCGCCACAGGAGGGGCGAGAAGGAGGAAGGUGAACUUUCACCUUCUCCAGACUUGGAUGCGAGGCAAACCUUCACAGGAGAGCAGGGGUCGAAGGACCGGCUUGUAAAGGACUUGGUAUCAAAGCGGGCUGAUUAUGACGAAGCUGAAGGAGAUGCCGAGCAGGAUGCAGAAGCAGAUGACGAAGGUGACGAAAGUGCUCACAAGUCAAGCGAAGACAGCGAGAAUGGAUCGGAGGCUGGCGAGGUCUCAGGUAGCGAGUCAGGCGAUCCAGAUGAUGCUUCGCGCGAGGAGCACGAAGAUCACGAGGAUGAAGACGAAGAGGGAGAUGAUGACCAUGAAGAGAAGGCUGAAAGUGAUUUUGAAGGUGAAGGCAUGGCUGACGCAGACGAUGGGGAAGCUCCAGAUAGAUCCUCCAUGUUUUGCAAGCCUUUGGCGGCUCAUUAUACUUGCUGCAUGGAUUCGCUGGACAGCUGCCUGUUCUAUGGCAACGACAUGUUUUACAUCUUGUUUAGACUGCAUCAGGCUUUCUACGAGCGAAUACAGUCCGCAAAGACAAACGCUGCCGCAGCCGAGCAGAAGUGGAAGCUGGUUAAAGAAACCGAUCCUCCAAACUUGUAUGAAAAGUUUGUGCGGGUGUUGUAUAGUCUUUUGGAUGGGUCUGCUGACAACAACAAGUACGAAGACGAGUGCAGAUCGAUAAUUGGAACGCAAUCCUACGUUUUGUUUACGUUGGACAAGCUCAUAUUUCGGCUCGUGAAACAGCUUCAAGCAAUUGUAGCGGACGAAACUGCAAACAAGCUUCUGUCCCUAUACAAGCGGGAGUUAAUGAAGAACGUCCAAGUUGUCAAUGGCCUGGAAUACAAGAUAUCCUGCAAGACUUCAAAGGUUUCAUACGUGCUGGACACCGAAGACUUGUUCCGACGCCAGAAGCAAACGCCAAAGCAUCACAGAUUUCCGUUGAGCCGAGCACGGCGAUUCCGCGAGUGGAUUGAGUACAAGCUGAAAAGCCUGCUGGACAAGUAAGAAACCAAGAGACCUUUUGCUUGAGUGGAAGCUGCGCUUCAAAAAGAGAGCAAGGAAGAGAGAGAGGGAGAGGUACUGUGUCAGCAUUUUGUCUGAGUUCUAAGAGUUUGAUAAUACUUAUGAUACCAAGAUGCUUUCUCUUGA